AUGACCAACUUCACGCAAAAUACAACCCAGAUGUUUCUUCAAAAAAGCCUUGCAGAUGUCCUUCGAAAGUGGCGCAACACCUCAGGGCAAAAUCAGGAAGGGCUCCUUGAGCAGUUUGUCAAUGAGACCCAGAAGGAGAUCAACUCGCCCAUUCGGACGGUAAAAGUGAUGGCUAUUCAGAAGGCAAUGUAUUUCCACAUGCUUGGUUAUAGCGCGGAGUACGCGAAUUUCACGACGGUUGAGAUUAUGUCCGACUCCACGUUCGUGAACAAACGGCUUGGGUAUGUUGCGGCAUGCACCACGUUCCGAGAUGACGCCGAUGUUCUUCCCUUGACGCCGGCGCUCCUGAGGCGGGACCUGAACAGCAGUAAUCAGUACGUGGUAGGGCUUGCCCUGUAUUACAUCGCCACCAUCUGCACGCCAGAACUCGCCAGAGAUCUCGUCUCCGACGUCGUCCAACUCCUCCAGCAUCCCUCCACCUACGUUCGCAAGAAGGCGGUGUUAAGUCUCUACAAAAUAUUUUUGGAGUUCCCCGAAUCGCUCCGCCCAAUCUACCCUAAACUGAGGGAAAAGCUCGAGGAUACGGCUGCGAAUAAGGAUACGGGGUCGGUGGUUCGGGGGGCCGUGGUGUGUGUGUUGUGUGAGCUUGCGCGGCGAAAUCCGUCUAACUACCUAAGCCUUGGGAUCCCUUUUUACUCCCUCCUGUUUACCAUUCACAGUAAUUGGACCCUCAUUAAGAUUAUCAAGGUCUUUGGGCACUUUGCUCAAUCGGAGCCGCGUCUUUGUACGAAGCUCGCGGAGCCCCUCACAAACCUCAUCACCACCACCACCGCGAAGUCUGUGCAGUACGAGUGUAUACUCGCCGUGGCCAAUGGAAUGAACAAGGUCUCUUCGCUUACCAAGCUUGCCGUUGAUAAGAUGCGGCUUUUUGUGGAGGACGCCGACCAAAACCUCAAGUGUCUUGGCCUCCAUGCCAUGUCGCGUCUAAGUUUAGAUAAUCCUAAGGUUUUAAUGGACCACCGAGAUAUCGUCCUGUCGUGCCUGAAAGAUGCGGACAUCAUGAUUCGAUGCAAGGCUUUAAAGGUACUUCGGGAACUCGUUACUCCAAAGAGUAUCAUGCACAUCAUCGACGCCAUAGCGGACGCUGCGGUGCGCAUCCCGUCUGACGAAGAGUGGACAAACACCACCAUAGCUACCAUAGUUGAGAUGGCUCAAACGGAUGACUACGGUCUCAUCACAAACUUUGAAUGGUAUUUGAGCGUUCUAAUCGAUUUAAGUGCAAUCGAGAUCUCGGUCUUCCAACAUGGUAGUCUGCUCGAGCGGGAGCUGGUGACGAUCUUGACGCGAGUGAGCAGUAUCCGACAAUUUGGGGUUGAGACCCUCUCCAAGUUGCUUAAUGCCAGCAGCCCCAUCCUCAAGUCGCAUCCUAAAAACUCGACGCAGUGGCGCAUUCUAGGAGCCACGGCCUUCGCGUGUGGUGAAUACCCAUACUGGCUCAGAGAUCGAUGCAAGGUCUGUGAGGACCUGCUCUCCGAGAAAAUUUUGAGGUUCCCUCCUGACAUACAACUUUUAUGUGUGUCGGCUGUUGGAAAGAUUAUUGCGUACACAGCCAGCCCUUCUGAACGGCAUGUGAACCUAUACAAUGGAGAGGAGCAGCUUCCUCCUCUUGAAGGAGUCCAGAGUACAACACUUGAAGAGCUUCGUGGUGCCCUCUUGAACACAAAAUCCAGCAACAUGUCGUGCAUAAGCGCUACACAGGAGCAGAAUUCACCCGAUGUGGGCGUGGAGGCUGAGGCAUUGGCACCACUAGAUCGGUUUCGGUUUAGUGUGCAUCCAGGUGUACAGGAAUAUGCUAUCCUCACACAUUACCUUCUAACUCAGAACCCAUAUGUGGGGACGUUGUUGUACGGCAAAGAGCUGCCUCUUGUUGCAUUGGGGGCGCAGAGCGUCCUUGAAAUUCCAGAUGAUGUUGACUUGGACCACCCACUCUGCGAGGACUUGUCCGCGCUAAUGGCGCUUUCCUCUAGCGAUGAUGAUGAGGAAGAUGCUGGAAGGUUUAGCAAGGAAAACAAUUUUGAGGAUAAUUUUGACCUUCAAUAUCACAUUGAGCGUCAGCAGCAGCUCGAACAGGCCCGCCGUGAUGACAUGUCCGCCUUUUAUCUUGAUGACGCAGACGAUGCGUUGGUGGAUCGUCCACUAAUGAAUGAGGGCGGCACCGAGAAUACGGUUGCCAGCAAGAAAAGUAUUAAUAAUGGAGUCAAAGGUGAUUCAUUCAAUCUCCAUAAAUCUUGCAAGAAGCGCCCAGGUCACCAAUCACAUGUAAUCAAUAGGGAUCUUUUGAAACCACAUAAUUACGUUGCGACCACUAAGACCAGAGAAAAGAAGCUUUUCGAGGAAGAUGAGGCGACACGAAGACUGCGUAAAAUUGAUGUGACGCUUAAGCUAUCUGAGAAUGAGCGACUUCCAGAAACUCUCCCUUAUUCAGUUUUACUUGGAGAUGGUGAUGCUACGCAAGACAAGGCAUUGAAACACAACCCGGAGCGAAAGACUUUGAAACACGAAAAGGAGACUUUCAAUCCUCCACCGGUGACCCUCUGUGAUGAGCAUUCGUUACAGGUCGUGCUUUACACGGAUCGGUGUAAGAUACGCACAAAUGAAAUCCAACUCUAUGUGGUGCUAGAGGUGAGCAACUUAUCCGACUCGUCAGCCUUGCAGGAGGCUGCUCUUGGGUUAAAGGAGGGUGAAGGUGUGGGAUACGGUGCUCAGCAGGCCUACGCUGACGGUUCUCUGGUGCUUGAGCCUUCUAGGGAUAAGCGGGAUUUGAGCUCUGCGUUUGAACUGACCAUGGAGACGACCGCAUACGCGAAGAGUAAUAAAAUUGAUACUACUCACCUGGUUCCUAUCGCAAAAAUGAUCAAGACCGGCGCCACCGCGCGUGUGGCGUUUUCGGUCCGUUUAACGCGGAUUCCCUCAUCUCUUACGGCGCCUUUGCCUCUUUCGUUAGUCUGCACUCGAAACGGCCAGCUCAGCUGUGUUCCCCUUCAAAUGCCGUUUCAAUAUGCAUUCUUUAUCAAACCGGAGCCUCCUAGGUUGACGGUGGCGGAAUUCAACAGGUCUGUGCUUGGAAGCGCUCUGAAGGAGGCCACAACAGCCUCUGCCUUCAUUCCUUGCAAUAAGGCGACGCUCUUGAUCGCGGUCCCUCUGAUUCGGGAACUUCUAAGGUUGGUCCCCAUGGAUAUUUUCAAGGAUAUGGCAACUCUAUACGGUACUGUUCACGCGAGCAAGUCCACACCAGAUAACAGGCAUGUUGCAGUUCUGCUUUGCGAAAUGGAAAGAGAUCAGGCGAAGGGCAUAGAUGUUAAUGUGCGCACCGGCAUUACUGCGCUUGCUGAGCUUUUGAUCUAUAGCAUUGUUGAAAUUAUUCAGAGCUCGUUGGUUGAAUAA